AUGAACGAACUUUGGUCCAAGGGCAAAGGAGGUGUUGAAUCUAAAGUCGAGGUGGUCGAGAGUUGGGAGCGGAUGAACGAAAUUUGGUCCGAGGUCAAAGGAACUAUCGAACAGGAGGUCGAAGAGGUCGACAAUUGGGAACGGCUUAACGAAAUUUGGUCCGGGGCCAAAGGAACUGUCGAAUCUAAAGUCGAGGUGGUCGAGAGUUGGGAGCGGAUGAACGAAAUUUGGUCCGAGGUCAAAGGAACUAUCGAACAGGAAGUCGAGGUGGUCGAGAGUUGGGAUCGGAUGAACGAAAUUUGGUCCGAGGGCAAAGGAAGUGUUGAAUCGAAAGUCGAGUUGGUCCACACUUGGGAACGGAUGAGCGAAAUUUGGUCCGAGGUCAAAGGAACUAUCGGACCGGAGGUCGAGGAGGUCGACAAUUGGGAACGGCUAAACGAAAUUUGGCCCGGGGCCAAAGGAACUGUUGAAUCUAAAGUCGAAGUGGUCGACAAUCGGGAUCGGAUGAACGGAAUUUGGUCCGGAACAGCCGGAGAAAAAUCCGUGUUGGUGGGUGAUUCUUCUUGUCUGCUCUCUUCGAGACUAACAUUUCCGACGGCGAGAUUGGAAUUUCCGACUAUACAUCAGAAGAAUCAGAGGUCAGUGGUUCUGACGAAGAAGACAAGUCAUGGAUUUCCUGAUGAGUUCAACUUGUUUGGACUCAGCAAUCAAGUUCCUUACUACGACCACGCUCUCGAUUUGAUUCUCGAUGAAGAAUCUUCUUCUCAUGGUGAGAUCAUUACAGAGGAACAAAACGAAUUGAUCGAGUCAGCAGCCGAGGUGUUAUACGGCAUGAUUCAUGCUCGUUACUUAUUGACAUUUCCAGGACUCCGUUCUAUGUUUAAUAAAUACUAUAAACGUGAGUUUGGAAGAUGCCCAAGAGUUGAUUGUCGUGGCCAACAUUGUUUACCUAUUGGUCUAUCCGAUAUCCCUCGAGCAAGUACCGUGAAGAUAUAUUGUCCCAAAUGUGAAGACGUUUAUGACCCGCCAUCAAAAUACCAAGGAAAUAUAGAUGGAUCUUACUUUGGGACAACAUUUACACAUAUGUUCCUGAUGAAUUACGAAUGUAUGAGACCAGAAAAGGUGUCGCAAAGCUAUGUGCCAAGAGUGUUUGGGUUCAAGUUACACAAUCUACAAAGGUGA